GUCGUCUUGGUUACUAGCACCUCCCGUGCUUCGUUAUAGUUACCCGCGUCUCCGACUAGCUGUUAGAGAGCAUUAAGGCGAAGGAGAGUUGAGGAACUGCCUGUUGCCGGGAUAAAUCAGUGCCUGUGACAAGACCAUGGAAAUGAAAGAUGGAAGCUAUGGUUACCCAGCACCUGGGAACCCUACCACAGCAAAUCCAGGUCAUGGAUAUCCACCAUCACAGUACCCUGCCCCUGGUUUUCAGUCACCUGGUUAUCCUGCCCCAGGCGUCCAGGUACCUUAUGGAUAUCAGCCUCCACCUGGAGCUUACCAAGGUGCACCUGGUCAGCCUCCCUAUGGAGCAUAUGUAGGGGUGCCUCCUGUCCAGAACCAGCCAGGUGGCCCCGGAGUCCCUGCAGCAGCUUGGAUGCCUGCACCUCCAACAAUCCCCAACUGUCCACCGGGCCUGGAGUAUCUAAGUCAGAUAGACCAGCUUUUAAUUCACCAGCAAGUUGAGUUGUUAGAAGCCUUGACUGGAUUUGAAACAAACAAUAAAUAUGAAAUAAAAAACAGCUUGGGGCAAAGGGUUUACUUUGCUGCAGAAGAAAACGAUUGCUGCACUAGGAAUUUCUGUGGGCCUGCUCGUUCCUUUGCCAUGACCAUUGUUGACAACACGGGCCGUGAAGUGAUGAAAUUGAUCCGACCGUACAGAUGUUCUUCCUGUUUUUUUCCGUGUUGCUUACAAAAACUUGAAGUGCAGGCUCCUCCAGGUGUCGUAGUUGGUUAUGUAAAACAGAACUGGCAUCCUUGUCUGCCGAAGUUUACCAUCCAGAAUGAGAGAGAAGAAAAUCUGUUAAGAAUCACAGGGCCCUGUAUUCCUUGUAGAUGUUGCUCGGAUGUCAACUUUGAGCUGAAGACUCUUGAUGAAACCUCUACGGUUGGGCGAAUUUCCAAACAGUGGACAGGUCUAAUAAAGGAAUCCUUAACAGAUGCAGACAACUUUGGUGUUCAGUUUCCAAUGGAUCUUGAUGUGAAAGUCAAAGCAGUUGUGCUUGCUGCCUGCUUCCUUAUUGAUUUCAUGUUCUUUGAGCACAGCCAAGAUUGAAGACAACUUUCUGAAGAUACCCAUGAAAGAAGGGCGUGGGUUUUUUUUUUUGUUAAUGAGUUAUGUUUUUACUGGUUUUAACACCUGUACUUUUCAUUUAUAGUAUUUGAAAUUGAUGAAGCAAGGCUAUUUCAAUUUUUCUAGAAACUCAUCUUUGUAAGAGGCUCCAAAUGUUUUAAAUAUCUCCACUUAGUGUUAACAGUCCAACAGGAAUAUUAAUUUUUUUUUUUUGAUCCGUACAUUGUGCUUCCUAAAUUUAUAGAUUAUGAGGGCUGUAUUUGUUUAAUACCCAUCUACAUGCUCUGUUGCGAUGUUGAAGUGCACUAUCCGUGCCAAAUAUAAAGUCUGUAUUUGGAGGAGGGGUUUAUACCUCUUCAGGACCCUCUCCUUCAGGGUGUUUCAUUAGCGCUGUUUGAGCAUCUCGUUAGUGCUUGCAGGGCGGGAGGGGCUCCUGUUUAAGCAGAGCUGCUCAGUAUCGUUUUAUGUGCAGGUAGGGCUCAUUUAGGGGGAAUCUUGGACUGACUCGUUUCAUGUGCAGUAAGGAAGAGGGCCUGUUUAGAGGAGUGUAUCCAGAGCACCACUACUCAUUU